AUGUCAUCUUCCAAUAUAAACUCUUCGGCGGUGGAAAAGCCGCCGCCAGCCCUGAACAUCCCCUCUGGCUCAACCGUCAGCGUGAAAAUCAUUGACAACACCACGAUCUUGUAUGAUCUUGGCACUCGCAAGGAUCUCGAGAAUCUUGCUCCUGUUACCGUGCGGCUCAUGGACAAGCCUGACUGGAAAUAUACAAUAGAGAAGGAUGUUGCCGACAUUCUGGUGGAGAAUGGGGUCGUUCUGAAUACGAUCGAGGCUGUAGUUUGGUCCCACUGGCACUUUGAUCACACCGGCAACAUGAAGACAUUUCCACCGAGCGUCAAUCUCAUCGUUGGCUCCGGGUUUAAAAAGGGACUGCUACCGGGAUAUCCGACCAACAAGAACAGCCAUGUACUCGAAGCGGACUGGGAGGUCCGCGACCUUAUUGAGCUUGACUUCAACACGGAUCUGAAGCUCGGCAAGUUCAAGACCAUUGAUUAUUUCAGCGACGGCAGUUUCUACUUACUCGAUACUCCUGGGCAUGCUAUCGGCCAUACAAGUGCAUUAGCUCGUGUAUCUAAAGGCUUCAAUGGCGAGAAAGACACUUUUGUCUUUCUAGGUGGUGACUUGUGUCAUCAUGAAUUUGACGCCGCAGAUAAUGUUCUUGUUAUUAUUGCCCAUGAUUCCGCGCCGCUGAUGCCUUCUAGCGGGUUUCAGUUCUUCCCCGACGGGACUUUGAACAACUGGAAGAAGGAUAAACUUGAUGAGAAGAUCCGGUGGUCAUUCUUGACUGACUUUUCCCACGCUGUCGAGAACGGGCUGAAACAGGAGACAACGUUGAAAGCGGGACUGGUCUUCAAACCAAAUUGA